AUGACUCAGCAACCUGCCCUCAACCUCUCGCACCUGCAAUGGCGCGCACCCGAGUUCCUCCUCGCCUUCGGGUCCCUCUCGACGCCGCAACUCGCGAUGGAAUAUUUCAGCCUGAGCCCGUUCUUCGACAAGACGAGCAACAAUGCUCAGCUGCGGAUGCAGAUGAUGUUUUCGCGUGGCGGGAUGGAGGGAGUCGACGAGGAGGCGGAGCUCAGACGCUUCGUCGGUCUCGAGUUCGUCAUCGCCCACUCGACUCCGCCCGACCUGUUCAUCAUUCACAAGCGGAAUCGCACCUCGCCCACCGAGUCGACCGUCCUCGGCGCGUUCUACAUCCUGAACGGGAACGUGUACCAGGCGCCGACGCUGUUCGAGGUCCUGAACGAGCGGAUUCUCACCUCCCUGCACGCCCUCUCUACCUCUCUCAACUCGCUCACCUCCCUCAAGCCGCACUGGACCCCCUCCAAAUUGUAUAAGUGGGACAUCAAGCCUCCACCACAAGUCUCGACCGCUCUCGCAGCCGCAGCAAAUGGCGAACCAGCCGCAGAAGACACGGCGAUGCGAGAGGAUGACGCUGCCGAUGGUGUUGAGCAGGAGAAGGGUGCGGUCGAAGCGCCGGUCAAAGAGGAAGACGAGGAGAAGGAGCGGCCGGGAGAGGCGUUCAACCCGCUGCUCUUUCGGGCGCUGCAAGAUGUCGCGCGGACGAUGGAGCAGCCGCAGGUGGCGGGGGCGUGA